CCCGAAGCCAAGGAGCUCUAUGUUCCACAGAUGGACAGAAUCUACGGCCAGGCUUUAUUAACCGUCGUCGCCGUGGCUGGAUCCGACGCCAACUGUGCACUCCCUGGUGUUGUCGCCGGAUCUCGCGUCAUGUCACAGUCACCUGUACAGCUAGGAUCCCUGAUGUUGUUUGCCGAACCGCGAAACCUCGCGACUACAGUGGAAUCGUCUACAUGGCGAAGCCGAGCUUGGACAUUCCAGGAAGGAAAACUCGCCAGGAAACGUUUAUAUUUCUCCGACUCUCAAGUUUACUGGCAAUGCUCUGAGUCGCAUCACUCAGAGGAUGGCGGUGAAGAAACGGGGGCCGGAGAGCCGUCAUCCUGGAGCAUGAACGUGCUAGAGCGGCAGGUUAGCAACGACCCUAGACUGAGGUUCAACGUCUACGACUCAUUGGUCAAACAGUACAGUCGCCGGGCGCUGACAUAUCCGUCCGAUUCUCUAAAUGCAUUCGUUGGCAUCCUCUCCGCAAUCAGGGAAUCGUUUGGAUGGCAGUUUGCGAGCGCUUUACCGGAAAGCCUUUUCGAUUUUGCUCUCCUCUGGUCACCGAUGGUGCACAGCCAACUACGGCCAAGGGAGUCGCUAGGCUCAGCUUGCAAGUCACCGACCUGGUGCUGGACGGCUUGGGAGGAUGACAUUUACUGGGAUCCUUGGCGGCUUGAUUCUUACGUCGGAAAGCGUGUGACGCUCAAGGCGGAAGUGAGGGAUUUCAUGAUCACGGAUAAGGUUGGAGUGCGCAAGAUUAUCCAAGACGAUCCCAAUCUCAGAGAAACUCGCACCAAUUGUUCGCCAGCACUUUCCGAGGCAUUGGAACUUGUGGGCUUGAAUGAGAGCUCUGCUAAUUAUGCACUGGUCUUUGAAGCCCUUAGUCUAGGGGUCGAGAUGUACACAAUCUCAUCGCCUCGGCCAGAAUUGUCCAGGACAUUGUCGCGCCCCUUCUCAGACUCUUUUACCAACAGUUUACGCGGCCAACUUUGGAUCUAUGAUGCAGCAGGACAUCAUUGUGGAACGCUUAGGGGAUUUAAUUCAUGGAAGCCUGGCCCAGAUGCUAUUUAUGAGUUUGUUCUACUCUCACGCAGUGACCAAGACAAAGUCAUUCAAGCAGAUGUUGACGGCUAUCGUGACCACCUGCCCCUGGAGUACCCCUCGGCUGACGAAUACUACGAAGAGGUCUUUGAUGCGAGUAUUUACCAGCACAAACGCUGGUGGGCUCUGAAUAUCUUGCUGGUGGAGAGAAAGGGAGAUCUAUCGCAGCGGCUGGCUGUUGGGCAGUUGCAUGCUGAUGCUUGGCACGGAACUAGCCUAAAGAUGAAGACUUUCGUUCUUAUCUAG